AGCCCCGCUUCGUCUCCCUGGUGGCCUGGAGCCCCUGUCAGCAGGGUGAGGGUGGGGAGGACAGAGCUGGUGUGUGCCUGACCAUACCCUUGGCCCUGCUAUCUGCCCAGGGCCCCUGGCCCCCAAACUCCACUUUCAGUGUGUGGGGAAGCCCCCUGCAUCUGCGUGGGCAAGGUGGGAGAAAACCCCUGGUGGGUGGAGGAGCAGCUCUUUGAAGCAGGGUGAUAACCCAAGUUGCCCCAGAAAGCAGCAGCUUCCCAGGCCUCCUCAAGGUUAAGCGAUGGAACCUUCCUGAUGGGGAGGCUGGGCCUGGGGGUCUGAUCCCCAAGAUCCUGGGCUUGGGGCCCUCUCGGGCCCUCCAUACUCCCCAAGGUGUGGGUCAAGGGCUGUAGCUGUCUGGGCAGUGCCCAUGCACGCUGCCCUGCCCCGCAUUGGUGAGCUGUGCAUGUCCGUGAGGACCCUGUGUGUACCUGACAUGGGUGAGUUUGUACCUGUGACCUCGGCUCCUGUAUUUGGAGGAUCCUAUAUGAGCGACAGCUGUUAGCAUGUGCCUGUGUGCUGGGGGCGGAUGCAGGGGCUGGGGACCAUCAAGGAUGAUAUGUGGCUGGGGUGGGAGGAGCAGUGACAGGGCUGGGGCAAGGAGGACUUCAGAAGCCAAUUGGAGCCAGGCUUGACUCCCAGCAGCCAAUCUGGGAGCCGGGGCUCCGGGCAAGCGAGUGGCUGCUCAGAAACCCUGCAGGGAGGAGGGGCCAGCUAGGCUGGGCCAGGAUCUCUGUAUAAAUGGCCCAGGAGCUGUGCCCCAUCACAGAGCCGACCAUCUCCCACUCAAGCUGUCCCCGCCCUCUGGACCCGAGUGACUCAGGCCUUUGUUUGUCCUUCCUGGUAGAGGCGGGUUCCCUCCCUCGGCAAGAUGCCGGAGUGCUGGGAUGGGGAGCAUGACAUCGAGACGCCCUAUGGCCUUCUGCACGUGGUGAUCCGGGGCUCCCCCAAGGGGAACCGCCCAGCCAUCCUCACCUACCACGAUGUGGGCCUCAACCACAAACUAUGCUUCAACACCUUCUUCAACUUCGAGGACAUGCAGGAGAUCACCAAGCACUUUGUGGUGUGUCACGUGGAUGCCCCUGGACAACAGGUGGGGGCGUCGCAGUUUCCACAGGGGUACCAGUUCCCCUCCAUGGAGCAGCUGGCUGCCAUGCUCCCUAGCGUGGUGCAGCAUUUCGGGUUCAAGUACGUGAUUGGCAUCGGAGUGGGUGCCGGAGCCUAUGUGCUGGCCAAGUUUGCACUCAUCUUUCCCGACCUGGUGGAGGGGCUGGUGCUGGUGAACAUCGACCCCAACGGCAAAGGCUGGAUAGACUGGGCUGCCACCAAGCUCUCCGGCCUAACUAGCACUUUACCCGACACGGUGCUCUCCCACCUCUUCAGCCAGGAGGAGCUAGUGAACAACACAGAGUUGGUGCAGAGCUACCGGCAGCAGAUUGGGAACGUGGUGAACCAGGCCAACCUGCAGCUCUUCUGGAACAUGUACAACAGCCGCAGAGACCUGGACAUUAACCGGCCUGGAACAGUGCUCAAUGCCAAGACGCUCCGCUGCCCCGUGAUGCUGGUGGUUGGGGAUAAUGCACCUGCUGAGGACGGGGUGGUGGAGUGCAACUCCAAACUGGACCCGACCACCACGACCUUCCUGAAGAUGGCAGACUCCGGAGGGCUGCCCCAGGUCACACAGCCAGGGAAGCUGACUGAAGCCUUCAAAUACUUCCUGCAAGGCAUGGGCUACAUGCCCUCGGCUAGCAUGACCCGCCUGGCACGCUCCCGCACUGCAUCCCUCACCAGUGCCAGCUCGGUGGAUGGCAGCCGCCCACAGGCCUGCACCCACUCGGAGAGCAGCGAGGGGCUGGGCCAGGUCAACCACACCAUGGAGGUGUCCUGUUGAAGCCCUCGAUCCCGCUGACGACGCCCACCUGUCCGCCCACGUCAAGGCCUCACCGCCAUCCUUGCGCCGGCUCAUGUUCCCUUUAGUUUAUUUUUGUGAGGGCAAAGGGGAGGAAAGGGGGUUCUGUUUGAAAAAAAUGAGGGGCUCUAUCUUAGAUCCUUCAGCGGAACAGUCUCCAGGUGUUUUGAGGGGCUCACUCCUCCCCACCCCAUCUCACUCUCCGUGGUAACUUGGCCGACUUGACCCCUCGCAUCUCACUCCCUGCAGCCCAGGCACAGGAGGGCAGGGCCACAGGGAGGGAGAUUCUCUAAGGAUCCAGGCCAUUCCUGGGUGAGCCCUUGGGCAGGCAUGUUUGCAGAUGGGAGAGGCUGCGAGACGGUGGUUACUGGGCCCACAUGGGUGCAGGGCCAGCUCAGGCGCUGGCGUGGGAGCCCUGGGAGACCCCUUCCCCCACUCUCCACCAAGCACACCCGUUUCUGUCUCAUAGCACAUGCGACAAUCAUCUGGACAAUAGCCACAAGGGGGCGCUCGGACCAGGCAGCCACUUUCCUGGUGCUCUCUGGGCCCAGCUGGUGCUGUAGGGCCAGGCAGGCAGGGGCAUCAGGGGGUUUCUCUGCCCAAGGAAGACAGAACAUGGAGAACCGUAAGGGCAGGAACCCCACAGACUGUCCCUUCCAGCCCACACUCUGCCACCUCCUGGCCCUCUCCCAUUUCUGAGCCAAGGCCUCCCAGAGGCAGAAGUUGCCUGGUCCUCUGUCCCCACAGUGACCUGACUGGGUGUGAGGGAGAAGGAAGAGAGAGCCCAUGUGUGGCAUGUGUUCCCUGAGAACUUCGUGGUGACUGCCUUUGGGAGCUCACAGGUGGCCAGAGGCAGGGGUAGCUGAGUUCCUGGAGACCCCUUUUUUGCCCCCAGGUUCCCCAGAGGGCAACGCCAUCAGUAGCAGCGUGGUGUUUCAGGCAGAGCUCUGGCCAGGCUGUGCCAGCGUGUCCCGGAAGCAUCACUAAGGAAGAGAGUUUAUUCAGUCAACUGGCCCAAGGCAGCGAGAGUUCCACAGUCCCAUACCCCAUAGCCCCCUGGGCUGGGGCUUACUGGGGGCUGAUGAUUCUGGACACGAACAAGAGCCAGGUAGAGGAGAAAGGCUUCCCCCACAGCCCAGCCCCCUGCUGUUCCCUGAAGCCCAGGACUGUGUUGUAUGCUUUCCAUCCACCCGCCUUACCCCAUAGCAUCUUGUGGCCCAGAAACCAGAGCCAUUUGUCUCAGACCCUAAACCAAUGGUCACAAACCUCAAAACAGAGGGGAGAGAGCAAUGAAAACAUGAAGGGCUGUGGAGAGGGAGGGCUGAGAGGACACCUACAUGCGUAUUUCCUCUACACACAUCACCCCCCCCUUCUGUAAUCUUAAGCCAUGACUAGCCUGGUGGUGUGUUAGUUUGUGCCGAGUUCUACCCCUUCAUGUGCUUCUUCUGAAUACUGAAUGUGACUGGUUGAAAGCUGGUAGAAUUCAUCCCUCUUACUGUAGAUAGCACUGCAAAUCUUGGAAUUUUUUUUUGUUUUUUGCUGUGUUUCCAGAUGAAAUAUCUAUAAAUAUCUAUACAUUAUAUAUAUAGAUGUGUGUGUGUGUGUGUGUGUGUGUGUACAUUGGGUCCUCCCAUGUGUGGUGGUCCUCUGGAGGUUGUCUCUUUGGUCAAGGUGAACUUUUAAUGUUUAUUAUUUUCUUCUCCGCACAAAGAGCCUAAUUCUGUGUAUUCUGGUGGCUGCUGUCAUGAGAUGACAAAAUGUAAAACAAAACUCUAGUCAACGUAGAAAGAGUUAACUGUGCUGAAAAACUAAUAAAGAACCUAAGAAUUCCAGUGUGGUGAUGCCAUGCCCAUCGUGGGAAGCUUUUGGAGCGACAGAAUGUUUGGGCAGGGGCUGCUGGUGCUGCUUGGUUUGGGGUGAGGGUGCUAGGAGAGGAUGGUCUCCACCCAUCUUUCUAUUUCCAGUAUAUGUCACAUUAUUUUACCUGUUGAGAGGAGAGUGUGACAAACAUUAAAAGCCUUAUGUGCU